AUGGUCUUUCAAGUGUGGAACGACCAAACCAAGGUUUUUUCUCUUUUUCCAGCAAAAAACUCCUGGAAUCGGGAAGACAGGCCCUUAUCAGCUAUUCAUUCCCUCUUUUCCGACAUCUCAAAACUAUCGAUUUAUGGCAACCGGGAUGUGAAGUGGACAUGGCAUGGGCCAGGGGAGACACCCGACCAUAUGGUGUGGGAGGAACCUGAAGAGGGCCAAGUCCAACAUAUCGAGCAAAGAGCAUGCACAGUCCAGGACUUCAUUCCGGUGCUCAAGGAACUCAAGAAUCUCAAGCAGCUGGUCAUCACCGACGAGCAGAUGGCAAGAUCCGGGAGGCCAACAACCAAAGCUGGUGCGGAGCUUCUAUAA